CUACUGUUUUAUGUUUGUAUUCGAAUGAUAAAUCGUUUUCAAAAGUUAAAAACAACUUUAAAAUAAAUAUCUAUCAUUAAGUAUUAUUAUAAACUUGAUCGCUUUCAUGAUGAACGGCGUACAUUUAUUGAUAGGUUUUCUACUUGCCUUGUGUCUUCAUGAAUGUACAGCAAUAUGGUGCUAUCAGUGUAAUUCUGCAAUACCUGGCUGCAUGGAACCUUUCAAUUGGAAGGGAAUUGGUUACCUUGGCAACCCAUGUCCAGAUAGUGAAGAUAUUUGUGUAAAAUUAAUAGAAAGGAAAGGAGCUCAAAAAACAAUAACACGAGACUGUUUAAGCAACUUCAGAGCAUUCCGAACAGAUAUCCCUGCUGAUACAUAUGAAGGCUGUCGAACAGCAGCAAAGGAUGUUAACCUAGCAAACUAUGUUAAUAACACUAUAAAAGAACUGGAUAUUAAAAGAGAUUGGUAUGAUGAGACAACUUGGUGCUUCUGUUUCCUGGACCAUAGAUGCAAUAGUGCUACUAUGUCAAGUUCAAGCAUUUUAACAAUAUUUAUUUAUUUGCUAUACAAAGCAUUGUUCUGACCUAGCCAUGCAGAACAGCCUAUAGACUAGACAAUAUUGUGCAGUGAUGCACAUCUGUAAUCAUUGUUCACACAGUGAAUCUGACUGAAUUUCAAAUGUAACAAUGUAUAGGUUCCAGCAAUCAAGUAGUCAAUAUACAUGUUAUGCCAUUUUUAUUCUUGUUGUUUUUUAAAUGUCUAAGAACACUUAUAUUCCAAAUUAAGAGAACUAUUACUUUAUCCAAGAAAAAUGGUUUGAGGACUUUUUAUACAAAAAUUUGUUUUUGUGUAUGAUAUGUCUAAAAAUAAUUAUGAAUUCCUCUUCGAUAGGCAUCUAUAAAUGUGUUGUGUUAGACAUAAUCAUCUUAUUCUAAUAUUAAUGUCUGACACAACCUGCUCUAUUUGCUAUUAUUGUUUGCGACACAACACCAAUGACUUUCCAUUUUAUUUGUGAAGACCUAACUAACUGACCAGAAUCUGAACACCAAUCUAUUACUUUUCUGGUCUGGUUUCUAAGAAUAUAUUAAUGCUGGGCAAGUUGAGGGUAAGGAUCCUAAAUCAUAAUAACUUGCCCAGUUCAUUUCCACUGAAGGCCUUAUAAUGUGAAUAUGUAAGUUUAAUUUGGAGGUAUAAUAUACUUUAAUAAAUAAAUUGUAUGUCAACAAUUGUAGAUAUAAACCGUUAAUUGAAUCCGUCCAGUUAGUGUGCUUUUUGUACAAACAUUGAUAUAGAAAAUAAAUAUUGAUUUUUAAUAUUA